AUGGAUUCCGAAAAAAAUACCAUCCACGAAAAUGGCUUCGAUAAUGGUUCUCUCGAAAUUUGCCCGACGGUACCUGAACGCGAAUAUACACAAAGAGGCAGUACAGAAGAAGGUGAGGAUGCUGACAGCCACAAUGAUGACAGAAAAAGUAUUGAUGAUGGAGAUGCUAUGAAAAUUAAACUAAAGUAUGAGGAAAUGGAAGAGAUUAUUAUCAAUGGCGACGUAGAUGCAGUUGAAGAUCAAACUCUGAAAAAGCCCUCAAAUAGUUAUGCAUCGAAAAAAACUGUAGCUCAAGGAAUGAUGGAUAUAGCUCUCAUAACUGCUAACGCAAAUCAGUUACGAUACAUGGUGGAGUACAAUAAAAAUAGUCCAACCUACUACAUAAACCUAAUUCUCAUAUCUUUUUCGCUUAUCCUGCAAGUUGGUAUCGGAGUAGCUUUGAUCAUGAAAGGAAGAUUGGAUAUGAAGGGGAGAUCGAAAGAUUUCAAAGCGAAAAGAAUUAACAAUUACGUCAUCAUAGGGGUGUUUAUGGUAACCAUUAUCAACGUGUUCAUUGCCAGUUUUACUGUGACAGUAUCAGCUUCUAAGGAUUCUUCUAGUGUUCAGUCAACGCUUUCAAACUAAAUGAGUUUUCAGUUAUAUGGAGGUACUUCAGUCAUCUGAUGAAAAAUUGUACAUAAUAAAUUGAUCAAACCGAGAUAUGCAAAUUAUAAAAUUCUGCUUCAUGAUCAAUAAUGUGAUAUUCAGUUGUUCUUCGAAUGCUUUAACCAGUGUUUACAAGUCCCGUCUAUCGAAAUAUAAUCGUACAUUGUAA